UUGCCCCAAGCAACUUGGAAUUAUUGUCACUGGUUUAUGGAAAUGGUUCCCGACACCACAAUUAUCCUCAGGAAAUGCUUCGCCCAGAUUUUCUUGGCUCUUUUGACCGUUGUGACAGUUCAUGCAAGUAAGUAAAGAUUGUAAUGAGUAAGAUUAAUAUAAACAACCCUGGCGUGAAAUUCACGCACUCAAAGUUGCUCCAUCUGCGCUCUUGCUUCAAAUAAUACGCAUUCAUAUUGAGAAAGAAAAUUUUGAAUUAGCAUUUGAGUGGACCUCACAUGAGCUGAUCUUAUGAUUUAUUUGGUUUGUGUUCAGUUUCUCCUGUGGUGAGCACUGUACGAUUCGAUAGCAAAGCUCUUGUUUGAUCACAAACACUUUUCAAAUUAUCUUGUUGCACGUGUUUAGCGGCUACCUCGGUUUUUAUGCUUCGGUUUCUUCGCAUCUCGCUCUAAAUCUAUGCAUUAAGAACCACUUUCUGUUGGGGGCAUCUCUUGAGAACUCUACUUAUAACAUCAGUCGCAAUUUCGUUCGACUGAGUUGACUGUAUUUGAUUCUCAACAUCAUAAAAACACUGUUUACUUCGUGUAUUUGUUGAACUUAAAAAAAAAAUAUCUUUUUGUCUUCAUUAUACAUAAGUACGCUUUGCCAUUACGCUUUCACCCCAGAAUGUAGUGCAGAUGAGAAAACUUCUCUUUACAGGUAAAUAUCAAAUGUAUUGUCCGGCAAGCGCUGUUGUGCAAUUCGAGAACGAACGAACGUUUAUGUCUUGGUGUCUGUUUUGACACCUUUGUGAACGAACCUCAAAUACAACAUACAUCGUUUCGUGGCGUAUAACAGUCUUUAAGCGUUCUACUUCUUAGAAAUCAUUUAGAACUGUCAUUGACUUCUUCAAGCUUGAAUUGUUUUUAACAGAGAAAGCGUUUUAUGCAACGACGAAUUUUAAUGAAAGAUUAAUAUCCAAUAAGCUGUCGGUGAAAGAUACUGAGUGAUGAUAAAACUGAAUCGUUGACAGAUUGGCCAUGGGAUCUUUUUGAUAAACCCAAGACGUUUAUGACAAGAACUAUGGCUGGCACUUAUUUUUAUAACAUUCUCUCAACUUAGCGAGUGCGUUGUCAGGGAUUGCCGAAAAAUAAUCUUAAAAAGUUUGCAUUGUGCAUGGCUUCCAUUGCCGAAAUAUUUUGACAUCGUGAAACUCGGAUGACAAGUUCUUCUUAAAUACCUAAUGAAUAUGUUUUAUUUCUUUCAUUCUACAAAGAUCGUAAUUUGAGAAGUUCGAUGGUGAAAAUCAAACUGAAAAGUUUGCAUUGUAAAAUGUCUCCAUUGCUUAAAUAUUUCGACGUUGUGAGGUAAAAAUACUAAUUACUCCUUUUAUACUAAAUGAUUGUUUUAUUUCGUUUAUUCUCCAAUAAUCAUUUAACGACAAAAAAAUCUAGAUACUGCUUCCAUGCAAAAUGAAGCUCUUAGCGUCUAGUUUUCGAGCAGUCCAGCAUAUUCUGUCAUGCAUGGAAAAUUAAUCCAUUAAUAUGUUCAAAAUGGUUCUCUUGUGCAUUAGUAAUAACCCAUACAUAUGAACAAGAUCAAAAAAUACACCAUAUUCGCGGUUUAAAUUCGAGCGCCUCAAGUAGGUCAUUGUCGCUUUUUUCAAUAUUAGUACGACCGGCCGGUCUAGUAUUUAUUUUUUAUAAACCCGCUAAUUGAGAAAAUGUUGGCUCUGGUCAUGUUGUUGUGUGUUUCUUGAUGUAAAUAUAAAAUUAUACUUACAAAUUUUUGUCUAGAAACUGCUGCGGCCGCUUUCACACCCGAUGUCGUAUAAUUUCAAUCCUUAAAUUUUCGCUUCGACAGUACUCUUUCCGCUCAAAAAGUUUUCUAGAAUAUAGGGGGUAAAGAAACUGUGGUGCUGCGUCGGUGGGAGAGUAUAACAGGGUAAUUUAGUGCUGUUAACUGGAUUGAAAACAUAAAUUGGUCAUCGUAAAGAGUUUAAAGGCUGACGUUUCGAGCUUCGUCAUCGAUUUGACGAAGGGCUAACGCUCUUGAGUAAAUUCCAGCCAGUUCUUCACGAAAUUUUAGAAAUGGUGCAAAGUGUUAGAGGUGAAUUGUUUGGGGAGUUAUUUACGAUGGCAUGGCUUCAUGUAGGAGAAACAUUUGAAAUGCUUCGUAAAACUUAAAAAAAUCGCUAACAAUCCCUGUGCGGGUGUGUCAGAUUAGUAAGACGAGACGACACAAAGAUGGUAUUGUAGGCGAUCUUUAAGCUUUCUAACGAACAAAUAGCUAUUGGAGGUGACACAUUUUAGGCAUAUUUUCUCAGUUCAGUCUAGCAGCUGGUUGCAAUGUCGACUAGAUUUUUCGUUCAGACGGAAACAUGAAGUUUCUGCUCGAGAGAAAGCGUAACUUUUAAGGAUUGCUGUCUAAAGUUUAUGCUCUGCUGAAUAACACUAGAUUAACUAUGGCGAGUGUUAUUCCGGUAAUUUGGUGUAGCAUCGAUGCUAGAAAGAGUUUAAAGUUUGCUGUGAAGUCAGUUGUAAUCUAUUCACAGUACAAUGGCCUACAACUGGUAGAUUUGUUUUUCAUGCUGUGGAUGUCAUGUCUGUGAACUUCCAAUUUGGUUGUCUCCCAUGGAACUUUUGAGAAAGUCGUGCCUUGGAGUACAGUACAAAUAAACUCAAUUUAUAAUCAAUCAAUCAUUUAUUUUAAUUGACGUUAUUUACUUUGUAAAUCUAGCCUCUCAGAGUUCUGAAGACGAGCUAAGACUCUUUAUUUACUUGCUCGUCAAACUGCCUACGAACGAUUCAUAAAAUUGGAACCAAUCUAAAAGAAUGGAAACGAAAUCAUGUCAAAACACACUGAAUUGUUUACAUCGUGAAACCACAUCAUUGACUUAACUGUAAUUGUGUUUUUAAUUAAUAGUAGACGGUUGAAUGACGUUAUCGUGUGAGCUUGACGCUUCAGGCUGUGAAUUUAUUUCCCAAAUUUCUCGAAAGGCACUUGUUGACCAAUAUAGGUGAAGUUAAAAAGUGUUGAAAAUGUGACUGGACCCUGGCCUGGAAAAUGGGUUGAGUGCAUAAAAUCGAGGCCCACGUAUAGCGGAGACACACGCGCAUAGCUUUGCUCGUUUGACUCCUCGCACGCGUGGGGCUGCGAGGAGAUCAAUUCUGGCCACCCGCGCUCCAAUUUCCCGCACAAAAUUUCAAAGGAAAACAUAAGAAACGACCGUUGUCUCGUAAAAUGAGCAAAAGAAAGUUGUAACGUUCAUAGAUAAUGGUGACAACAUGGAAAACUCAAGACUUAUUCAAGUACGGGUAUCCUCCUGUAUUUACCAUUCCGUUUUGAGCUUUAUCAAAAAGUUAUGCGCUCUAAAAAACACCGAGACUUAUUAGCUUGUGGGGUUGUUUGUAACUUGUAAGAAACAACUUGGUUCUGACAGCCUGAAAGCAUCCUACCUAACGAGACACAGCGGCAAAAUGAUUGCGCAUGCUCCGCCACUGGAGCCAUUUGAGCGUUGAAGGCUGCGAGUCUUCUUCUGCAAAACAUAAGCUGACGCCGGUUUUUCGCCGAGACAACAAUUGUCUAGGGUUUUUCUCCAGGGGUUUGCUUACUGUGGGGGCGAUGACAAGAAGCGCUAGAAGGCGAUAACAGAUGCUACGCACUCAUUUGACUCAUGUGACCACUGUGUGACCAAGUCAUUACAACUUUGGCUCAUGCAUAGACAUUUGACCGCUGUAUUUACCCCGCCUCGCAGACUAUUCGCGCCCUCUCGCGAGAGGAACUGCUGGUUGACUGAAUUUAAAAGUAGGUUCUCUUGACGAGAAGUCUGAGGGGAAGCCAAAGACAAGAUUUUCUCUUAGUUCCAAUCCCCUAUUAUUUCAUCUGUUAAAAUAAAGUUUUUCUCCCCAUUUGUGUUGUAUAGCAUAAAAUAUAUUGACGUAAAACGCUUUCUCUCUCAGGCAACGGUUAUCAAGGCUUGCGCGUGCGUUGUAAACCAGAUUACAUGGAAUUGACUCUCACGCGAAAGCACUAUGCAAGGAUCGAUCCAGCCACUCUCCGCCUCACAGACCCCAGUUGUGGUCCUUAUUUUUAUAACAGCUCCAUUAUGGUCAUAAGAGCACCGCUGGGUGGAUGUGGCACAAAGGCCGGUCCGGAGAGAAACUUACUGGGAUUUCGUAAUGAAGUAUACGCGGAUCUCAUUGGUAGAUCUCCCAUCGCACGAGAACCUGCAUAUCAGUUUCGCCUGCAUUGUUUAUACUACACAACUGCGAAAAUAAUGCUGCAUUCCUUCAAACCUGACACAAAAGUCAUUGUUGAACCACCAACAGGUAAGACCUCGUUAACCCCUAAACUCCCAUGAGCGACCAAAGCAAAAUUUCUCCUUACAAUAUAGAUACAAUGUUAAGCGGACAAGUGAUGAAUCCAGAAAAAUAUCGAUUAGGGGAUUAUUUGUUGAUCCCAUACCAAAUUCUCCAAAGUAACAUCAUAAUAACUAUGGCAGACAGUGAGGAGAAUCACUAAAGAGAUCUUGGGAUUGAAAGGGUUAUAAUGCUCAGAAAACAAUGCAUAAAAUUUCCUAAAAGGCGAGUUUGUCGAAGUUUUCUCCCUUCUAUCUUGAAAACGUCGCUAGAUCCUCAGGGAUUGAAGCUAAAUGUCUGGUACAACUUAGGUUACAACGAAAUGUUAAAUUUGACUGCAGGGGAAAAUUGUGAAUUUUCGAAGCUCCUGAUGGGGGCGGGGGAGAGUAAAUAUAAUGUUGUAGUCGCAAAUUGAGGAAAGUUUGGGAUUCUAUUGUAUCAGGAGGUUUGAAAGGUCAGAGCAAAAUUGAAUAUUUUGUUUGGGAAAGGGAGGCCACUAUCACGAAUUACGAGAAAGUGAGUGUUCAAAUUGUAGGGGUUCUACUGUAUAGUGUCAGUACAUUUAGGAUUCAAAAUGAUGUCUCUUUAUCACCUUUAGUUAAGAUCAAAGUUAGUAUUUGAGGAACUGCGGACCUACCCCUCCCCUAACCCAACAUUAACCCUACCUUGUUAUCAGUUGACUGUUUUGGGGUUAGGAGAGGGGUAGGUGGGCAGCUGCUCAGAUCAGAGACAUCGAUCCGAAAGUUGUGUCGUUCUAGACACCGUGCAUUAUAAAUUACAACCUCGUUCUCGCCGCUACUUGCCCCUAAGUGGCGAGAAUUACAAAAGGUCGUUGGUAAAAUUUGAAGUAUUUUAAACUUCAAUAACGUAUUACUUCUCCUUUUUUUUUUCUCUCCUUGCUUUCUCAUUGGGUAGAAUUUGGGAACUUCACAUUUGAAACCAACAUGUUCCAAACGGACAAGUACAUUAGCCAAUAUACUCAAUUUCCGGUGAAAGUUCAUGUCAGUGAAAGUGUUUAUCUGCAAGUGAGAGUGAAAUCCAAUGCGUCAGGCUUGUCGAUGCUUCUCGAAAACUGCUGGGCAACGCCAACACCAACAUCAACACCAACACCGAAUGCUAACGACUCAGGGGUCUACUGGUUGAUAGAGGAGGGGUAAGGAUUACUUUUUUUCAUGUUCCUAUGGUAGAAUGUAAAAAAAAUGUGAAAAAAAGCCUUUAGAACGUCUUUCGUUGCUUUGCAACCCUCUCCAACAAAAAACUCUGUAACAAAGAGCUCCCUGCCAUUAAGCGGGCGUGAGGCCCUGUAGCUCAAACAGACCUAACCCUUUUUACUUUUUUUCUCAGAUGUCCUAAGACGGAAUACUUAAACUACAAAGUAUCGGAUUCAGUUUAUCAGCGGUUCAGUUUUUCAGCGUUUAAAAUAGAGGGGUCAGAAGUAGUGUAUCUUCACUGUGAGGUACUCGUCUGCGCUGAAAACUCCGGGAACCAAACGCGUUGCACCGAAGGUUGCACAAAAGACCUUGGCAACAGCAGAAGGCGGCGGGAUGCAUCGAAUCAAGACCAGCGCAAGGGAGUUACUUCUUUGGGUCCGUUAAAGAUCCUUACAGACAGACUUGAAGUUCAACCACCGGGUGAAGGUAUGCGUUAAGACUGAGAGGUGGUAUCAAAGGGGCACGAGCUUGAUUCCCGUCCAAGCCUGAAUCUUUAAAGCCUUCUUUAUCACUUCCUUUUUAGUUAUCGUCCAUAUAUGAAAAUAUGAUAAAUUCUCUUUAUCUGUAACUGUAAUAUUUUGCUCUAAUAUAUUCGUUUUCUCUGCAUUAAGGUAAGACACGUUCCCAGUCCACGCAAGUUACACUUGAGAUCCGAGCAGGACUACUGGCGUUCUUGUUGGCCUUCCUUCCGUUGAUGUAAUCAACUGUCAAUCACUCAUCACAGCCAAUCACAGCUAGAGACGUCAAAGUUACAUAACUGACGACAACACGCGCCAUUAUUAUAAAUCAUUGAAAGAAAUGCGAAAAGAUUUGGCAGAUUAGUACUGAUUUUAGGGAGGUAAAGGAAAAAAAAUCAAGAAUGGUAGUCGUAUAAAAUUGUUAAAUAUGUAGAUACGGGUGAGUGUGAGAGCAAGACUAGCACUUAGUUAACUUACGACAUCCUUAACCCUUUACCUCCCAUGAGUGACCAGGAGAGAAUUUCUCCUUACAUUAUCAAUACAAUAUCAAGCAUAAAACUGAUGAGAAUAAAGAAAAAUAUCAAUUCGGGAAUUACUAGUUGAUCCAAUACCAAAUUCUCCAAAUUGACAUCAUAACAAUUAUAUGGCAGAUAGUAAAGAGAAUUACUUAAGAGAUCUUGGGAGUUAAAGGGUUAAUGUGAAAAUGAAAAUUCUCUUUGCCUGUCUCAUGCAACGUAUCGGAGCGCACGUGGGGAGAAUUUGGUGUGUUAUCAAGGCAGCACGCCUUUAGUGAGGACAGACCGUUUUAGCUUUGAGCGGGGUUUUGGGUAUUAGUGGGCAAAACGCAACGAAAAAAAUUCUCAAUAACAGAAAAAGGGCUGUGCAUCGGAAAGAAAGACCUAUAGGAAAUUUAGAAACGGAGAGAGAGAGGGAAGAGAUCUACCAUCGGGACUGGUGGGGGAGGGGAGGGAAGGUCAGAGGAUGUCGUCUGUGUCACGAUGGAAUUUACAUAGGGCGUGUGAUAUUCCUUAGAGUCCUCCUCCCCCUCCCCCUCUGAUCCUCCUGGAAACCAUGUGAUCCCCCAAACUCCUUUGCCCUUCCUCUCCCCCCAGCCGAUGAAUGAUGACAGGUCUUUCAAUCACGCCAGCUUGGAAAAGGAAAACUUCACAUCGAACGAGAAAAAAAGGAAAAAGAUUUUCUUGGAAAACCUUUUUGAAAAGAGUUGAUCGGAUGAAAUAUUUUCAGUAGUACGUUACGAAGGUAAAGAGUAUUGAUUGUUUAUCAGUGUGUAUUUAGCUUCAAUAAGGUAGAAAUGAUGUAAAACAUUUAAAAGAUGUUCGAAGAAUUUCAUGAUGGUUCAAGUUAUGUGCCGCCGAAAUGAGUUUUAUGCUUUCGAAUGUUUAGAAAUUUUCCUUGAAAAAUAUUUAUCAAAAAUAGUCUUCAUGUGACGCUUUUAAAAGUGCUAAAUAGGCUUACGUAGCUUGGGCGUGGCUAACGCUCCCAGUUGGUAGGGCCUUGGGCAUGCAAACUCCGAACGAGCUAAGGAAACUUAAAUGAGAGGGGCUUGGGGAGGUCUUCUUUUUCGCCCAUCUGCGUCCUUUCUACGCUCUGGGUUAUGUUAAAUUUAUGAAGGCUGGGCCGUGUUAAACAAAAUAUUUUAUCACAUGAUUUUUAAAUUUAUAUAUAUAAUCAAUCUGAAAUCAUUCGCAAUCAUUUUCGCAAUAUAGCUGGCAAGCAUAAGUCUUUUUUAUGUUUAGUACCAUGAUAUUUGUCAUUAAUUAUUUUGCUUACUAUAGUCAGAACGUCUGAAAGACGUGAAACCUAGAUUUAAAGCGCAAAUACGUGGAAAAUAAGCUAUUGUGGAUUAAGUUUUUUAGAUAAACUGAUUUCAGCGUGUGUGUUUUAAAAAUAAAAUAAUGUUUUUGAACUGUUUUUCAUGAUGAAAGUUUAACGUAGGUUUAAGAAGGGCCAGAAUGGUUUUUCCACGUCUUCUCCAAUUUUUUUCAGGAGAAAUUGCUCAUCGUUUCUCAACGGUAACUGUUCUUGGCGUGUUACUUAACGCUCGUGACACGUGUUGCGUGACUACUCAUUUAACGUCACAGAAGGGAUGGAAGUUACAAUUCGGACAUUUUAAUCAAAUUCUCAAGUUGAAAAAUAACUGUAAGAAGCAGUUUUCUUGUUAUAAAGGAAUAACAAUAGCAAAUGCUGAGUAACUGCAAGCAUAAAAAGGAAGUAGACGAGAAAAAGAACUUUGAACGCUAGGUAAACUUACCUCAGCUAAUAUUCCCCUUACGUAAUAGAUAUGGUGACGUUACAAAAUAUUAGCUGUAUCUUGGAAAGCUUUGGUAGACCAUUCUAGGUCACAGGAAACCCAAGUUAUGUAUGCAUGGAAAAUAAGAAAAGAAUCAAUAUUCCUUCAAUAUACCUCUUGUUAACACUUGAGUUCCCAUGAAUGAUCAAGACAGAAUUUCUCCUAACAACACCAACACAAUGUCAAGCAGACGAGUCACGAGAAUAAAGAAAAAUAUGAAUUAUGGGAUAAUUAGUUCCUUAAUUAGUUCCUUAGUUGAUCCAUUCACAAAUUCUCCUAAUUGACAUCAUAAAAAUUGUUUGGCAGACAGUAAGGAGAAUAACAAUUGAGAUCUCGGGGGUGAAAGAGUUAAAUAAUGCUAGUUGGCACUGGUCUUGAAUUCAAAUUAAUCAUCCAAUAUUACAUGGCGAAAAAUAAAGUACACCUUAAUU